AUGGAGAGUGAAAAUGUUGAUGAUGGAAUUGCUGAUGCGGUUAAUCCAAAUGAAGCUACAGGUUCUGACGUCAGAGACAUUGCUCAUGAUGAAACGCUUGUCGAAGAUCCCGUAUCUGAGGAAGAUAAUGAGAAUGGUGAAAAAAAUGGAGAUGAUGAUUUGCAAGAGGAACGAGCUGUAGCGGAGGAAGAAGAGCAACAAGCUGAUACAUGUGAAGAUACUCCUCCUAAUUCUGAUUGUGAGGAUGGUGGAAGAAGAUACAUCGGCUGCAAAAAAGGAAGUGGAGAGCUUCGCCUAGGACAAGUCUUCAACAGCAUACUUGAAUUCAAAGAAGCCGUUGUUGAUUAUGUUCUCAAAGAAGGAUUCAAUGUGAAGUACACAAAGUGGGGAACCCAGCAUUCUCAGGUCAAGUGUGCGAUUGAUGGAGAUUGUGCUUUUAAAAUCUAUUGUGCAUUUGAUAAACCAAUUGAAAGGUACAUGAUUAAGACCUUUGAUGAUGAACACACAUGUAUGAAGGACGGUCAUAGCAAGGUUAUCAAGGAUGGAGUGAUUGCUAGAUUAUUUUUGAAUGACAUCAAGAGAGAUCCUACUUACAAGCCUUCUGCAAUGCAAGAUGCAUUUGAGGACAAGUACAACAUUGCUAUAACCAAUGACCAAUGCCGAAGAGCUAAGAGAAAGGCUUUAGACAUUAUCCAAGCAGAUUAUGAUGAACAGUUUGCAAGAAUGAAGGAUUAUCGGCUGGCUUUGAUUGACUCCAACCCUGAUUCAACUGUUGAGGUGGGGACUAACAACGUCGAUGGCCAGCUAUUAGCUGCUAUAGGUUGUGAUGCCAAUAACCAAUUCUUUCCGGUGGCAUGGAGUGUUGUCAAAAAAGAAAAUACAGACAGUUGGGUCUGGUUUAUCAAGCAUCUCAAACAUGAUUUGCAACUUCAGGAUGGUUCUGGGUUUACCAUCAUAUCUGAUCGGCAAAAGUGUCUGAUAAAUGCUGUGGACCAAGAGUUGUCUAAAGUUGAACAUCGGAUGUGCGCACGCCACAUAUACGGAAACCUAAGAAGAAUUUAUCCAGGCAAAGAGCUGCCUAAUGCUUUGUUUUGGUCAAUGGCUAAGAGUUUCAACAUUGGUGAAUGUGACCGAGCAAUUAAGGCGUUCAAGGAGUUUGACUUUGGUGUCUAUGAAGAACUGAUGAAGAGAAAUCCUCGUGGCAUUCUUCAGUUGUACUGCGGUUUGUGA